UGGGUUUUGCUUCUGGGGUUGAUAGUAAUAAAGGAUUUGUUUUUGGAGCUUGUAAAAGUAGUGGUAGUUAUGAUAAUAGUGGUUUGUUUGGUACAAUUCCUGUUAUUGAUGAAAUGAAGAAACUGAAAAUUGAAAGUGAGAAGAGAAUGAAUGAUAAGGGAGAGUCUUUUGUGUUUACGGGUGGCGAUGCGGAACUUGAUGAAAUGGUAAGCAAAGAAGUGGAGAACAAGUUGAAUAUCAAAAGUGAGAAGAAAAUGAAUGAUAAGGGAGGGUCUUUUGUGUUUAAGAAGAUGAAAUGGUAAGCAAAGAAGUGGAGAACAAGUUGAAUAUCAAAAGUGAGAAGAAAAUGAAUGAUAAGGGAGGGUCUUUUGUGUUUACGGGUGGCGAUGCGAAACUUGAUGAAAUGGUAAGCAAAGAGGUGGAGAAGAAGUUGAAUAUCAAAAGUGAGGGAAAUGUUGACUCAGCGCGUAAUAUGGACAGUGUAAAAUCCAAGUUUAACGUGUUUGGCAAUGUUGAUAAUAAAUUUGGUGGGGGUGUAGGAGUUGAACUCAUGAAUGAUAUGAACAAGUUGAAUAUCAAAGAAAGAACUGAAAAUGACAUGAAGGACAAUGCAUAUAAGGAAAGUGGCUCUCGAGGUGGAAGCUCGGAGAACUUGCUCUACGAUAAGAUGAAAAACAUGCAUAUAAAUGAGCCUAUGGGUUCUUUUGUUGCUAAUGAGAAGGUAAAAGUCGAUCCUAGUGGAAGCCUUGCUGGUCAAACACAGACCAAUAUGCCUGCUUCUGCAAUAAAUGUGGAUAAAGGGAAGACUGAGUUUUCAGGCAAUAAGAAUGCCGCUGGAAUUUCAGAUUCGAUUCCAUCAGGGUUCUCAUUUCAGGCAAGGACGCAGAAUAAUCACUUUACUAAUCAGGUCCAUCUAGGCCCUCAUACUGGUGAAUCUGUGAUGAGUAACUUUGAAGCACCAUCAACUGAUAGAACUGGAAAGAAGGUUGAAUUUAGUUUCACUACCAAGUCUGAUGGUACGGUAAUGCAAAAUUUUACACCAACUAUUAAAGGAAGCUUAAGUAAGAAAAUAGAAAGUAGAAGGGAAGCAAUUAAAGAUCCCAGGUACAAGAAAAAGAAAGGGAAACCUAAGCCAACACUCUCAACGCCGAUGAACUUUGCUCAAGACUUUGCCUUGAGAGGAAGUUCAGAAGAGAAUGCUGAACCUUCCGAACCAUAUUCACCAAUGGAUAUUUCUCCAUAUCGCGAAACGUCAGCAGAUAAUACACUUUCAAGAGAAACUUCUGUGGCUUCUGAUGAGUCGUUCAUUAUGAAUGAGAAUUAUGGAUCUAGUGAUUCACAUCCAGCAGUUUCAAAUGAUGUAGCAGAUGAAGAUCUGGUAGAUGCAACAGUACGCAUGAAUAUCAAUGAAAAUGAUGUGACAUACAAUGAAACACAAGAAGCAGAAUCUAGACACUCUAGUCAUCAUGGUGUAGAUACGGAGACUGAGACUGAGACUGAAAGCUUCAAAUCUGCUACAGAGCAUUUAGAUUAUAGUACUGCUGAUUCUUUCAUAACUGCAGCAGAUACUGAAGUGACUUCCAGUUCAACAAUUGAGAGACAAGAUAGUGAUGGGGGAAGUCAGUUUAAUGUUGCUUCAAAUUUAGAAGAGGCUUGCCAGGGUAGCUUCAUAUUUGCUGCAUCCUCUGUUGCUCAAAAUCAGAUAGCAGCAGCAGCACGCCAACAGAAGAAGAAAAAUCGAACGAAGCUCAUUAAUGAUUCGUGUAGUUCAACUACAAAAUUGUCCUACUCCUCACCCGUGCAAUUUUUUGGAUCAUCUUCUCUUUCAUCUCCCACUCAGGGUAAGAAAGGAGAUAUACCUACUAUGAUAAGCCAUAGCCAGGGCAAUAAUGAACCAGCUAGGGUCAAGGAGGUCAACCAUGAAACAGUUGCUGCAAGCAUGGCUGCUCAGGAAGCAUGUGAAAAAUGGCGAUUGAGGGGGAAUCAAGCCUAUGCAAAUGGAAACUUAUCUAAAGCAGAGGAAUGCUACACACAAGGACUGAACUGUGUGUCUGAAAGUGACACAUCUAAGAGCUGUCUUCGGGCUUUAAUGUUAUGCUAUAGCAACCGUGCAGCAACACGUAUGGCUCUCGGAAGAAUGAGAGAAGCACUAGAGGAUUGUAUGAAGGCUGUUGCAUUAGAUCCAAACUUUUUCAGGGUCCAAGUUCGAGCUGCAAACUGUUACCUUGCCCUCGGGGAAGUCGAAAAUGCAUCAUGUUUUUUCAUGAAGUGCUUGCAACAUGGGCCAGAGGCGUGUGUGGAUAGAAAGAUAUUGGUGGAAGCCUCAGAGGGAUUGGAAAAGGCACAGAGGGUAUUAGAAUGCAUGAAGCAGUGUGUGGAACUAUUGCAAAGACGAAGGCCAAGUGAUGCAGAGUUGGCCUUGGGCGUGGUCUCUGAGGCUUUGACAAUAAGCACCUAUUCAGAGAAACUACUCGAAUUGAAAGCAGAUGCUCUUCUUAUGCUGCGGAAGUAUGAAGAGGUGAUCCAGUUAUGUGAGAAGACACUUGAAUUUGCUAAGUCAAAUACUCUGCCAUAUAAUUCCAGUUACCAGUCAUCAGAGUUAGAUAGUGCGAUCACAGAGAGAAGUGCUUCCUCCGGGCUGUGGUGCUUUUCUAAAAUAGUGAAGUCAUACUUUUAUCUCGGGAAGCUUGAAGAGGCUGAUAGUUUUCUGAAGAACCAAGAGAAAUCGUUGUGUCUAAUGGAAAGUAGUGGACUCAAGAAUUUAGAAGCUGUUGUUCCUCUUGCUGUAACAAUUCGUGAGCUAUUGUGCUUUAAGGCAGCUGGAAACGCAGCAUUUCAAUCAGGAAAGCAUGCAGAAGCUGUUGAGCAUUAUACUGCUGCAGUAUCAUGUAAUUUUGAGUCACGGUCCUUCACAGCAAUCUGUUUCUGCAAUCGCGCUGCUGCGUACCGAGCCAUGGGGCAAAUUUCAGAUGCCAUUGCAGAUUGCAGCCUCGCGAUUGCCCUUGAUGGGAAUUAUGCGAAGGCACUCUCAAGACGAGCUUCUCUUUUCGAGAUGAUCAGAGAUUAUGGACGAGCAGCUUCAGAUCUUCAGCGACUUGUAUCCCUUUUGACAAGGCAUAUGGAAAAUAAAGCUGGUGGAUCUGCAUCCAAAAUGAGUUUCGUAAAUGAGAUUCGGCAAACACAGCAAAAGCUUUCGACCAUGGAGGAAGAAGCCAGAAAGGAAAUCCCCUUGAAUUUUUACCUCAUAUUGGGAGUUGAUCCAUCUGUUGGUGCAUCAGAAAUUAGGAAAGCCUAUAGAAAAUCUGCUCUCAAGCAUCACCCUGAUAAGGCUGGGCAAUCACUGGCUAGAAAUGACAAUGCGGAUGAUGGACUGUGGAAAGAAAUAGCAGAAGAAGUCCACAAAGAUGCUGACAAGCUCUUUAAAAUGAUAGGAGAGGCCUAUGCAGUGCUUUCGGACUCUGCAAAGCGUUCACGCUAUGACCUUGAAGAAGAGAUGAGAAAUAAUCAAAGCAGAGGCACUGAGAGCAGCCCAUUUAGAGCACACACGGAUUUUAAUACUUCUCACUUUGAGAGAAGUGGAAGUAGAGGCCACUGGGAAGAUGUUUGGAGAGCAUAUAAGAGUACCCAGUCCAGAUAAUCAGACAGAAAUAGAGCAAACUGGUAGUUGUGAUGAACUUGCGGUACUUUGAGCUUCAUACAAUUCGGUGCACCUCAUGUUCAGCAUUCUGCUUGCGUAUGUAGUCAUCUCAUGGGAGAAAUGACUUACAGAACUUAAAAUAACAGGCGUGAAAUUUGUGGAUGAAGUAUUCAACAUACUGACACUCGGCCUUCCAUAAUUGUUGCAUAAACCUUGUUUGAGGAUUCUCGACAAUGGGUUUUUGUAGCUUGGAGAAGCAUUAGCAUCAAGCCAAACUCAUGCGUACAGAUAUGUUUAGGCAACAAACAAGGAAGGCCUGCACAUGGUUGCUGUACAGUUAUUGAACAAUGUGAAUUAGUACAGAAGCUGUUCAUGGCCCUGGAAACCCUGCUAGUUUUGGUGCUAGCAGAGACCAACUCAACAGUUUGAGAAGGAUGCUGUGAAUGACUAGUUUUGCUGAGUCAAAUAUCUAUCAUUUGCUAUUCUAGUGUAGUUCUGCAUUUAAGUUUUAAGCUAUACUUGUAAUUUCGUUUGUGUACAGUAAGUGUCUGCUUGUAUUUGAAACGUCCUAAGAAAUAGAGUGAGGUUAUUUUCUUCUUUUAUUUUUUUCUUUUUCAUUUUCCUGAUUGUGGGUGGGGUUUUGUGUUAUUGUAAUACAUCAAAGUCAAUUAUCUUUUGACGAUCAAUUUGAUAAUUAUUUGAUUUGUUUUUGGCCA